GACUUCCGGUCUGUGGUCGCCCGGAAGUGAUAGGAAGCGGUGGCCUGGACUGAGUAAAGAUGGCGGCUGAGGAAUCUGUGCGGCAGCAGACUGAGUGCGAUGGUGUAAAUUGCCUCACUUAUGAUGAAGCGAUCAUCGCCCAGCAGGACCGUAUACAGCAAGAGAUCGCUGUUCACACUCCACUGCUUUCGGACCGCUUGCAACUCUCCGUACUGUACCAGGAAUAUGCUCCUGAUGACAAAGUGUACCAAGAAAAGAUAAAGGACUUACACAGAAGAUACACUCACAUACGCAGAACACGACCAGAUGGAAAUUGCUUUUACAGAGCGUUUGGCUUUUCAUAUUUAGAAGCCCUGCUGGAUGGUGGACCUGAACUUACAAGGUUUAAAGAGGUUUCGCAGCGCAGUAAGGAAGAUCUCAUCAGACAAGGAUUUACAGAGUUUACUAUUGAAGACUUCCACAAUACAUUCAUGGAUCUAAUCACUCUUGUAGAGAGGGGCCCAGCAGUGUCAGAAUUACUAGCUGCAUUCAAUGAGCAGACUGUUUCAGAUUACGUGGUCGUUUACCUGCGUCUGCUGACAUCAGGGCAUCUGCAGAGAGACGGUGUCUUCUACCAGCACUUUAUAGAAGGAGGGAGAAGUGUCAAAGAAUUCUGCCAGCAGGAGGUAGAGCCCAUGUGUAAGGAAAGUGAUCACAUCCACAUCAUUGCCCUCUCCCAGGUCUUGAAUGUUUCUAUCCAGGUUGAAUAUAUGGACAGGGUUGAGGGGGGGAGCACAGUCACCCAUGUGUUUCCUGAAGGCUCUGAUCCUCCGCAGGUCUUCCUGCUCUACCGACCUGGACACUACGACAUUCUCUAUAAGUGACCUGCUCCGUAUUGUUCUGCACGCCUCCUAUGUGAAGUCACAUCCUCUUCUUCUCUCCAAAGUCCUCUGAGCGCUAACUUGUUCCCUCUAUUGUGUGCGUUAUUCUCUGCCUGUUACGUUUUAUCUCAGUGGAGCAAAAUAAAUGAACUCAACAGAGCGCGGGUGUAUGUGUGUGGGGGGGCGAGACAGCUGAGACAGAUUUGGGGGUAGUCGAGCACCGAACAAUAGGGUAGAUGUUAAAGAUAAAUGUUGUAGGAAAAUGAUGUACCAAUGAUGACCCUACUGUGGGGUAUAAACUGGGUUUGCUAGUAAUUUGUGAUGUGGGAUAUGGUAAUAAAUAUUUGUGUUGUGCA